UGGCAUGAGAGAGAGAGAGAGAUGAUAGUGAAUUGUGGCGCGGUGUUGGUUCAAUGGCGACCAUUUUCACGCAUGAAGACAGUGUGCUUGGCUUCUACAUCUGCUACCGCCGAGCAGCUCAGGCAACAGCUUGAUAAUCUUCACAAGGAGGCGGACAACACAAGAGCCAAAGCCAAUAAUGCAAGGUUGAGACUCAUGCGGUUGUCUGAAGCAGUUGAGAAGCUUAGACGGCAAGCAGCAGUUAGUGUUCAAACCGGAAAAGAAAAUGAUGCUAGGGAGUUGCUAUUUCAAAAGAAGAAGGUAAUGCAGGCGAUGGAGAAGUUGAAGAGUCGUAUUGAAUUGUUUGAUGAGCUUGCUGCAAAACUGAAUGAGGCAAUUACCAUGAAGGAAAGUCUACUAAUUUCCAACAUGGCAUUGGAUCUUGAAGUCAGUGAGAUCAAAGCUCCUACUCCCAUUCGAAUUGUAUCUCCAGUGGAGGGAAGUCAAAAUGAUACAGAUGAUAGUCAGCACUUGUGUAUGAAUAAUCUGGAAUUUCCAGAGGAUCAGGAAUUACAAGUUUUUUCAGAUAGUCAAGGAGACAUCCAUGCAGAAAAUGAGUUAACAAACCAUGAGAAGUCUUUCAUCGAAAAGAAGUCUACUGGUCCUGACAGUGUCCAGAGUCCAAGGGAUAUCUCCACAUUCGAGGAGUUCAUGGACCACUUGGAUCAACAGCUCAACAAAAUUGAAGAAGAACUCGAAACAUGUGUUAGGUUUUCAAACGUACUUCUGGAAAGGAAGGAAAAACCAGAAUACUCAAAGGUGCAACACGCAAUAGAAAUUCUUGAGGGCGUUCGGCAUACUAGAGAAAGAAUUGCAGCUAUGAAGCAAACAAAAUGAGUUCUAAUGCAGUGCCAUUUUUUGCGCGAUGAUGAGAGAUGAGCUGCGUUUUGUUCCUGGAACAGCCUUGUUUGUAUUUCUCUGAUCAAAGGAAUCACACAAAGAGAGAUGAGCAGGCAUGUGUAUGAUGAUGAAAUAUCUGCUGGCUAUUACUAUUUUAUUUUUUCCUGUGAACUAUUUGUUUUGCUUGUCAAAUACUUGAGUAAUGUACAUACUAAUUAGCAAUAUAUUCAUGUAUUUAUAAA